AUGGCAUCCUCCCUGCUUGAGGAGGAAGCUCACUAUGGCUCCAGUCCCCUGGCCAUGCUGACGGCAGCGUGCAGCAAAUUUGGUGGCACCAGCCCUCUGCGGGACUCAGCGACACUGGGCAAAGCAGGCGCCAAGAAGCCAUACUCUGUGGGCAGUGACCUUUCAGCCCCCAAAACCAUGGGGGAUGCCUACCCAGCCCCCUUUUCCAGCACCAAUGGGCUCCUCUCACCUGCAGGCAGUCCUCCUGCACCCACCUCGGGCUAUGCCAAUGACUACCCUCCUUUUUCCCACUCAUUCCCUGGGCCCACAGGCACCCAGGACCCUGGGCUACUAGUGCCCAAAGGCCACAGCUCUUCUGACUGCCUGCCCAGUGUCUACACCUCUCUGGACAUGGCGCACCCCUAUGGCUCCUGGUACAAGGCAGGCAUCCACGCGGGCAUCUCACCGGGCCCAGGCAACGCUCCUACUCCUUGGUGGGACGUGCACCCCGGGGGCAACUGGCUAGGUGGUGGGCAGGGCCAGGGUGAUGGGCUGCAGGGGACACUGCCCACAGGCCCUGCUCAGCCUCCACUGAACCCCCAGCUGCCCACCUACCCGUCCGACUUUGCCCCCCUUAAUCCAGCUCCCUACCCAGCUCCUCACCUCCUGCAACCAGGGCCCCAGCAUGUCUUGCCCCAAGACGUCUAUAAACCCAAGGCAGUGAGCAAUAGCGGGCAGCUGGAGGGGAGCGGUGGGGCCAAACCCCCUCGGGGGGCCGGCUCCGGGGGCAGUGGUGGAUACGGAGGCGGUGGAGCGGGGCGUUCCUCCUGCGACUGCCCCAACUGCCAGGAGCUAGAGCGCCUGGGGGCGGCAGCAGCUGGGCUGCGGAAGAAGCCCAUCCACAGCUGCCACAUCCCGGGCUGCGGCAAGGUGUACGGCAAGGCCUCGCACCUGAAGGCCCACUUGCGCUGGCACACGGGCGAGCGGCCCUUCGUCUGCAACUGGCUCUUCUGCGGCAAGAGGUUCACCCGUUCGGACGAGCUGGAGCGCCACGUGCGCACCCACACCCGGGAGAAGAAGUUCACCUGCCUGCUCUGCUCCAAGCGCUUUACCCGAAGUGACCACCUGAGCAAACACCAACGUACCCACGGCGAGCCAGGCCCAGGGCCCCCUCCCGGCGGCCCCAAGGAACUGGGGGAGGGCCGCAGUGCAGGGGAAGAGGAGGCCGGUCAGACGCCCCGACCUUCAGCAUCCCCAGCACCUCCAGAGAAAGCCCCUGAAGGCAGCCCAGAGCAGAGCAACCUGCUGGAGAUCUGA